AUGGCUUGGAGCCAUGUGCUGCAUCGGGAAGGUGGUGUGCAGGCAGGACCUCCAUCUGUCUCUAAAAUGGCUCUUCAGAGUUAUUUCAACUGCUGGAAUGGAACAGUGAUCAAGUUGAGACAGGUGUGUGACUUCAUCAAAGAUUGUGCAGAUGGAGAAGAUGAAGGACAUAUAUGCAAAUGUGCCCUUUUGCUUAAUACCAGUGAGAGUCCCAUUGCAGAGACAGUUAUGGUGACUAGUGCUGUAUUUCCAGCUCCAAUGAAGAAUUCUCCCUGUGAGCUUCAGAUAUCAUGGCUCCUCCAAGGCAAAUUGCUUGGAGAUGUCUCCUUUGUCCUUGUUGAGAACAAGACUGGAAAAGAGCAGAGCAGAAAGCUCUGGCACUUGAAUGACCAGAAAGGAUUGGGAGUAUGGCAAAAGAUGAUCAGACCUCUCCCUGACGUUUUUGACAGAUUUUGGCUUCAGAUUAUUGCAUCCUGGAAAGCUGGAUCAGAAGCCAUCAUUGCCUUUGAUAAUGUGUCUCUCAGCCUGGAUUGUUAUCUGACAAUCAAUGAAGAGAAGACAUCUCGACACAACAGACCAGAUGCAGGCAAUCUGCUCUAUGAAAGAGGUAGGGGGGAAGGACAUUUUGAAGAAAAACCCACACAGUUUCCUGUUACAAUUGGCUUUGCAGAUAAUUGGGUGUUUUCCACCUGUGGUGCCAGUGGAUCACAAGGACCUACUCAGACCCAGUGCAAUGAUUUCUAUAGGAUCUCUAAUAUCAGUGUACUGGUAGGAACAGAGGAACAUUUUCCUGGUGUACAGAUAUGGAGAGUUCCUGCAGCCAAUACAUACAGCAUCUCAGGCUAUGGAGCAGCUGGUGGCAAAGGGAAAAACAGUAUGAUGAGAUCACAUGGUGUGACUGUCGUGGGAAUAUUUCCACUUGAGAAGAAUGAUACCUUAUAUAUCUUGGUGGGACAACAAGGAGAAGAUGCUUGUCCUAGUAUCCAUCAUGCCAUACAAAAAGUUUGCCGUGGAGAGAAUAAUGUGGUUGAAGAUGAAAUUAAAGCAAAUGGAAGCAUCCAAGAAUGGGCAGGAGGAGGAGGUGGAGGAGGAGGUGCAACUUACAUAUUUAAGAUGGAGAACGGAAAGCCAGUGCCCUUGAUCAUUGCAGCAGGAGGAGGUGGCAGGGCCUACAGGGCCAAAGCCUAUGUAUUAAACCAUGAAAGGCUGGAGGAUGAUUUAUCUAUUCCAGGGUUCAAUGGGAAAUCUGGAGCCGCAGGUGGUGGAGGCGGCUGGAAUGAUAACACUUCCUUCCUCUGGUCGGGAAAAUCCUUGCUGGAAGGCGCUACCGGAGGAAAAUCCUGCCCCCAGGCCAUGAAGAAGUGGGGGUGGGAGACAAGAGGGGGUUUCGGAGGGGGUGGAGGGGGGUGCUCCUCAGGUGGAGGAGGCGGAGGAUAUAUAGGUGGCAAUGCAGCAGAACAAAAUGACCCAGAGAUGGAUGGAGAGGAUGGUGUAUCCUUUAUUAAUAGCCAGUAUGGUUCACUCUUUACUCCUGCUUUAAAAGUGUCAGAGGGGCAUGGUGAAGUCAGCAUUAAGCUAUAUUUGAACUGCAGUCAUUGUGAUCAUGAUAUGUGCCACGCAGAUUUGAAGACUCAGGAAAUUGUUUGCAUUUGUGGCUAUGGAUAUGUGUUGGCUAAUGAUGGUGUCUCUUGCAUAGAUGAACUGAUCCUGCCCACCAAGAAUCCUCCUCUUUCUUUGGUCUUGUCAGUAGUGACUUCAGCUCUGGUUGCUGGUCUUAUUCUAGCCUUCUCAGGGAUUAUGAUAGUGUAUCGGCGGAAACACCAAGAGCUGCAAGCUGUGCAGAUGGAGUUACAGAGCCCUGAGUACAAGCUGAGCAAGCUGCGCACUUCCACAAUUAUGACAGACUAUAACCCCAAUUACUGCUUUGCAGGAAAAACUACUUCCAUUAGUGACCUCAAAGAGGUGCCCCGGAAAAAUAUUUCUUUGAUAAGGGGUCUAGGCCAUGGAGCUUUUGGGGAAGUGUAUGAAGGUCAGGUGAUUGGGAUCCCCACUGACCCCACUCCUCUUCAAGUGGCUGUAAAAACAUUACCAGAGGUUUGCUCAGAGCAAGAUGAGUUGGAUUUCCUGAUGGAAGCUCUUAUAAUAAGCAAGUUCAAUCACCAGAAUAUUGUACGCUGCAUUGGAGUGAGCUUACAAGCUCUGCCUCGCUUUAUUUUGCUGGAGCUUAUGGCUGGAGGAGACUUGAAAUCUUUCCUGAGGGAGACACGACCAAAGCCGACCCAUCCCUCCUCACUAAUCAUGCUGGAUUUGCUCCAUGUAGCUCGUGAUAUUGCUUGUGGUUGUCAGUAUUUGGAAGAAAAUCACUUCAUUCACAGAGACAUUGCUGCUCGAAAUUGCCUCCUUACGUGUAAAGGUCCUGGAAGAAUAGCUAAAAUUGGAGAUUUUGGGAUGGCCAGGGACAUAUAUAGAGCUAGCUACUACAGAAAAGGAGGGUGUGCGAUGCUGCCUGUCAAAUGGAUGCCACCUGAAGCCUUCAUGGAGGGAAUAUUUACAUCAAAAACAGAUACCUGGUCAUUUGGAGUGUUGCUGUGGGAAAUAUUCUCGCUUGGAUAUAUGCCCUAUCCCAGCAAAAGUAACCAGGAGGUCUUGGAAUUCGUCACAAGUGGGGGAAGGAUGGAUCCACCCAAAAACUGUCCUGGCCCUGUAUAUCGAAUUAUGACCCAAUGCUGGCAACACCAGCCAGAAGACAGGCCAGAUUUUGCCAUUGUUCUGGAGAGGAUUGAAUACUGCACCCAGGAUCCUGAUGUCAUCAAUACAAUUCUGCCCGUGGAGUAUGGUCCAUGCAUUGAAGAAGAAGAAAAGGUUCCUGUGCGUCCUGAAGAUCCUAAAGCAAUUCCUCCUCUGUUAGUGUUGCCACAGCGAGACAAAAAGGGUGCUGAGCAGCUCCCGCCUUUCCCAUCAUCUCUCCCUUUUGUCAUUCCAGCAGGAAAAGCUCUCCUGAAAGCAGCUACUAUUGAGCCAAUUACCCAGGCAAACAUCCAGACUUCCCUAGAAGGGGGGCAUGUCAACAUGGCAUACACUCAAUCAAUCCCUGCAACAGAGCUCCACAAAACCAGGGGGUCCAGAAAUAAGCCUACCAACCUCUGGAACCCAACAUAUGGCUCUUGGUUUUCAGAGCAGCCAAUUGUCAAAAAGACUUCUCAGCUGGAGAAAGAGGCAACAGAGCAGGAAGAUUCAACACAGGAAGGCAGCUGUACUUUGGGGCCCAGCAUAAUGGCUGGAAGGCUACCAAGCUCUUCCCUUCUUCUAGAACCAUCUUCACUUACAGCCAGUGUUAAGGAAGUGCCUCUCUUCAGGCUCCGCCAUUUUCCUUGUGGCAAUGUUAACUAUGGAUACCAACAGCAAGGCCUUCCCUUGGAAACCUCAGCCCCACCUCUGUGCCAGCAGUUACGAGGACCUUCACCUUAG